AUGCCUCCUCUUUCUCUCAUCCUCUUUCUCCUGACUAUUUCGUACCCACACCCAUCUUCCCUGAGUUCUCGCGUGUGCCCAGUGCGUUGUGUGUGUUAUGAGCAUGCUAACCUGGUGGACUGUCAAGACCAGGGCUUUGCACAUGUGCCCCGGGGCCUCCCUCACGGCACCUGGCUCCUGAAGCUGGGAGGGAACAACCUGACAGAGAUCGGCACCCACGCCUUUGUCGGCCUGUGGUCCCUACGGGUACUCGACCUCGGUGUCAGCAAGACCCAAUACAUACGGCCCAAGGCAUUCUUCUCUCUGUCCUUCCUGGAGAAGUUGGAUUUGAGUUGGAAUCUGCUCACCACUGUCCCGGUGGACUUUUCCUCUAGCAUGACAGCACUCAAGGAGCUGCGGCUGGAGCACAACUACUUACAGAGGAUACCUCCAAACAGCUUUGAGAAUCUGGACAGUCUGGAAAAAUUAGACCUGAGUUACAAUCAGCUGGAAGCAGUGGGCCCCGGUGUGCUGAAGGGACUGUCCAGAUUGAGGCAGCUCCACCUGCAGUACAACAGACUAAGCGUGGUACAGCAGGGCAGUAUGGACAUGCUGCCAGGCCUGGAGGUGCUGCAGCUGAGUUAUAACAACAUCUCGCAGAUUGACAGUGAUGCUCUGGCUCCUCUCUACAGUCUGGCUGUUUUAGCUUUGGAGGGAAACAACAUGCACAACCUGAAAUUUAAGACUUUCAUCAGUCUGCACACCACCGCUACUCACAUUCAGCUCUCAGGUAACCCAUGGAGCUGCGACUGUGAGCUACACCGUGUCUUCAGUAAGAUCUUGUUUGUGCGCUACCUUCACAUCGACGACUACCGCAACGUGACAUGCCACGAGCCCCCACUGCUGGCUGGAUACUCUCUGGCGUGGGUGGACAGUCGGCUGUGUGUGGCUGAGACCGCGACGGUACUGGUCAUUACAGUAACAGUGUUAGUGACUGUAGUGGCAGCUGUGGUGAUGGCAGAGAGGAACAGGAAGAGGAAAGAUAGAAGUCCUCUGUCAUGA